CAGCAGAGUAGCUCACAAGGUAAAACUCCCAUGGAAAUUUUUGAUGUACUUACUUACAUACAUGAACAAAUAAGUAAAUCGGUAAAUAAGUAAGUAAGUAAGUAAGUAAGUACCUAUCUCCAUCGCUUUUUCUCGACUACUAGGGAUCGAACUAUGUGAAAAAUUGACAAGUUUCAUACGCAAAUGUCAGUGUCGAAACAGAGCGCUGCAAUUAUAUUCAUAGAAUACAUCUUUUGUAACGCAUGCGCUCACGAAAUCGCAAAGUUCUGAAGUUACGUUCAUAAAAUAUAAUUUACGUUACACGCACGCCGAAAAUUGGUCUCGAAAACCAAUGGUCAGAAAGUUGUCUCUAUAACUGUCUACUGUGAUUAUAUUCUUAUAUCCGAUGAUUUCAUUAGAAGUUUGGCCUCUGUGAAACCACUCUACGGUAGUGAUGUCUCCUAAAAUGUUCUCUAGAGGAUUUCUAAGUUAAUGAUUUUCCUUGCUAUUACUUGAUUUCGUCCUGAAUACCGAAUACAGUGUUAAAAGAUGAUUUUCUAGCAUUUUACAUUUAAAAACGCGUAUUUCAGGUUAUCUUACAAACGACUCGAUUAGCUAGACUUAUGACAGAAACAAUACUUCUAUCUUUUCUACUUCUUGAAUUUAUCACGUUAGUUUCGUAUUCCAUAAUAUCACUAAAAAUGUAUAUAAAAAGGAAAAAGAUUAAAUAAAGAAACGAUAAAAGUGUAAAAUGUAAAAUUUUAGAUAUAAAAUGUGAAAUGUGCAAUUCAUUUGUACACUAUAUUAAUAGGAAUCAGAAUGAAGCACUUCCACGCAUUGUUUGCACUGUUAUACGUAGUUGUGCUUUUAUAAGGCUAUCAUUGCGGUCGUUACGAGCGAGUGGCGCCGAUACUUACAUACGUGUGUGUGUGCGUGCGUGCGUGUGUGUGUGUGUGUGUUCUCUCCUAAUUCUAGCCGAAAAACAUGCAAUCUUACACGAAUGGUAGGUCAUAGGUAAGAGAAUCAAGACUUGUGUGAGUAAGAAAGAUACCAGUCGCUUCUUUGAAUAUGCCGUCUGUGUAGGGCUGUAUGUUUUUCGGACAGAAUUAGAAAAGAGCUGAUCGUCAGCGUCACUUGCUCUUGCAGGAGAUCUCAACCGUCACUAAAAAGUCCGGAUACAUUACGCCAACAGUGUACAGAUUAUUCGUAAUUCGUAAUUUGUUGAAAUAAUCGAGAAUUCGUUCUACUUCGUUUAUUCGAGUUCGACGAGAAUAAUAUUUGUACAUGCUGCGUCUUUUUUGUGAAGCAAGUGCAUUCAAUGAUUUGGUUAUCGAUAUCAACAAUUUUCUAUGAAAACAAUAGCAGAAUUUUUUAAUACGCUAUCUUGUUUUCAUCUGUUCUACUGUACGAAUACGACCAAGUGCGAUAGAGAUUAAUAAUUGUACGUAUAGGUAUGUGGUCGUGUGCUUUUCGUAUAGAGAAAUUUGUGGUUGGUCGUGUAAAGAAUUUCGUGUAGUUGUGUAGUGGCAGGGGAGGUCUUUCGCCCCUUUCGCUAAGCAGACGCAGGUAAUGAGUUUUUAUACCGUAACUGCGUCGACACCAAUAACAAACACGGUAAUAUCAACAACGACAACGACGACUACGACGGCAGCAGUAACGGUAACAGCGACGACGACGGCUACGCCGACAACAACAACGGCGCCGGCGGUUGCCGUGUCGCCCGAAGCUGCACCUGGUUGGAUAGAAUUCUGCGAGAGACACGCCCGCGCUUCAGCUUCGGAUUUUGCUAAAGCUUUUUGUACCUAUGUCAGUUUAAAUCUACCCGAACGCGCCAGGUCAAACCUCUCUCAUCGCGACUUUUUAAGGAAAUUCGUCGAAAGCUUCUGCGAACAUUUUGAAACCGAAUACUUGCGUCGCACAGUCAGAUCACCAUCUCUGUAUGAUGCAAGACAUACAACUACCAAUGACAGAGAUGUCAAUGUCACAAAUCAAAACAAUAAUACUACCAUUCGUGCUUCGUCGCACGAAGAAUUCAGCGAUUAUUCGGAACAUGAUGGUGACACGAUAUCGCCAAAACCUGUGCAUAAACCCUUCUUUAGACGGUUGUCCUUUAAAGGGCUUAAGAAGGGUAAAAGUUUUUUUCAUAAGCAACAAAGCGACGAGGUAGAGUUAUCUCAUACUGAACAUCGUAGAGAUAAACAUUCGAAAGCUAAACUCUCAAAGAUUGUAGUGGAGUGCAGGAAAGAAGGUAUUGUUAAUUCUUUGAUGGGAGAAAACAUUGAUGGAACUCAGAAAUGGGGAAAGUCUAGACUAGCUUUGAUAAAAGCUAUUGGUGGAUAUAUGUUGGAAUUUUAUUCUCCUCCAAAAGCUGUAAAACCACGUAGUGGUGUAUUUUGUUCAGCAAUAACAGAGGCUAGAGAAACAACUGCAUUAGAAAUGCCAGAUCAUGAAAAUACAUUUGUGUUAAAAACACACAACAUGGAAUUUGUUAUAGAAGCUCAUAAUUCGAAUGAUAUGAGAUCAUGGUUAGCAACAAUUAAAUAUUGUAUGCGCACGGUACAACAAAAUUCCAUUAAUCCUAAUUCUGGUACAGAUGCUACUGCAGAAUCAUUAAUGCAUGGUUCAUUAGCUAUUAAUAAUGAAAGUGAUAGAUUAAGAGCUAACUCGGCGAGUAAAAGUUCUCGAUCCACAGCCCAUGAACAUGGAGAUGAGGCAUCUAAUAAUCCUCCUGAAAUACCUUUAAGACUUCGCGUAAGGAGUAAUAGUAAUUUGGAAUUAUGCUCAUCCCAACAAGAUAUUGAACAAACUACAAAUGAAGGUGAAACAGAUUUAUCGAGCAGUUUAAGAGAAUAUCCAUGGUUUCAUGGUACUCUUUCUAGAUCAGAUGCAGCGCAUCUUGUAUUGCACAGUGCUGCUAAUGGUCAUGGUGUAUUUCUUGUUCGACAAAGUGAAACAAGAAAGGGAGAAUUUGUAUUAACCUUCAAUUUUCAAGGCAGAGCAAAGCAUUUACGUAUGACACUAAACGAUCAGGGUCAUUGUCGAGUUCAACAUCUUUGCUUUCCUGCUAUAUAUGAUAUGCUUGAACAUUUCCGUCAAAAUGCCAUACCUCUUGAGUCUGGUGGAACUGCAGAUGUAACACUGACGGAAUUUGUUGUGGCAAAUCAUACCGCAAGGUCAGGACAUCAUACUGUACCUGGAACAAAUCAACAACAGCUGCAAGAAAGAAGACCUCCAGCAGCCCUGGAGCCCAGAGAAGUACGCACAUAUGGAGGUUCUAUAAGAACGCGCGUAGAAUCCCUGGAAAGACUGGAACAACAAAACAACAUGGAACAUCAGAGUUCGUCAGUAUCUGGUGGUAGAGCCAUUCAGAACACUUAUUGCUUUCUUUGACGGUGGAUACAUAAUUACUCCACCAUCAGACUAUAACCUAACCAGUCCUCUAGAAAUUAAGUUCUCUUCCUGUCAACCAACUCUAACAAAAGAAAAAGGAAAAAAACGCAGAAUCUUAAGCUGGACUUAUUACCUUAAAGGAUUAUUAAAAUGUGUAUUACUCCACUUAUGAAAAUAAUAUAUUUUCUGAAAUCGACUACUUCCGAUUUUUCCGAUCUUACAAAAAUGGUUUUAAAGAUUUUAUUCGUUAAAAUAUCCUAAUCAAAUUUUACAAGUGAAAUAUAGUAUUCGAAUAAGAAGCGUUCUUCAUAGAUGUUUCGUUUUGCAUGUUCAGGUAUAUCAGCUAAUAUUUAUCAUUAAAACUGGAAAACUGCGGCCUUCGUCUGUAUUUUAUUAAAUCAAUUAGAAGAAUGUUUAACAUUGUCUAUUAUGAUAAUUAUCAUGAACAUUAACUUAAGGGUAUGUACUUACGUAUAUAAUGUUACAUGUAAACACAAACAUGUAUGUAAGUGUACAUGCGAAUUAACCAUCUUUUAUAUGUAAAUUUAUUGGAAGAAAUUUUUGUAGUACGAAUGUAUUCCUCUUCCCAUAAAUUGCUAAACAUGAUAUUAGCAAGAAAUGCAAACAUGCGUAAUAUUUAAAUUAAAUUUUAUCCUAAGAAAUCAAAUUUCAAGUGUAUUAAGCUGGUCUCAAUGUAAACAUAUAAAUAUUAUUGCUAAAUUUCCCCAUACACAUACAUUGAUGUAUUUAAUCGAUAAGGAGAUUAUAUUAAAUCUAAUUAAAAAGCAAUAUGACUGAAUGUGCAAAACCAGACAGGAAAAAAUUUAAAAAUGUAAUAAUAAUAUCGGUAUAACAAUAUACAAGUAAUAACAAAAUAUCAUAUCAUUCGUAAAAAUAGCAGAUACUGUCGAAUAAGCAUUAGAAUCGAAAAUUUGUCAUUUUUUCUGCAGAACACAUGUUUCAAGAUCAUAAUACCAGUCACUUAUACAUACUUAUGCUGAUAUAAAAAGAAAAAACGUAUAAAUCGAAGAAUAUUCUUUGGCUAUUUAAUAAAUGCGCUCCAUCAUCUUGAAGACAAGAUAAGAAUUAUUCAUGGUUCAAUUACAAAUAUUUACUCUUUCACACUUGUCACAUUACAUAGAAUAAUAUCAGAGUGCCACGUCAAGUCGAUAAGUAUACACAUACGGUGAUCAUUAUGGC